CCGGGCUCCUAUAGCCCACGCGACGUCACAGCCGCCUAGGGCGCAGGCGGCUCCGCUAGCCCGGCCCGUAGUCUGUUGGGCCGUUCCGCUCGGACCCCGGCCCUGGCUCUGGCCCCGCGAUGGGAGCUGCUCCCUGGGGGCUGAGCUUGUCAGCAUCCUCGACCGACCCGUGCCCCUGAAGUCAGAGAAGAGCCCCUGCCUCCCCGCACCCCUCUUGCCCCGAUUUGGGGUCGCCUCCAUCUAUCGGGUCUGCAGCCCGAGUGGCCCCCCAGUCCGACAAAGGAGCAGAAGAAUGAUACUGGCAUCGGUGCUGGGGAGCGGCCCACGGGGUGGGCCACCACUCUGGCCUCUCUUGGGUCCCGCACUCUCGCUCCGGGCCCGCUCCACAUCAGCCACCGAUACCCACCACGUGGAAAUGGCACGGGAGCGCUCCAAGACCGUCACCUCCUUUUACAACCAGUCGGCCAUCGACGUGGCAGCAGAGAAGCCCUCAGUCCGCCUCACUCCGACCAUGAUGCUCUAUUCAGGCCGCUCUCAGGAUGGCAGCCACCUUCUGAAAAGUGCCCGGUACUUGCAGCAAGAGUUGCCGGUGAGGAUCGCACACCGCAUCAAGGGUUUCCGCAGCCUUCCUUUCAUCAUUGGCUGCAACCCCACCAUACUGCACGUGCAUGAACUGUACAUCCGUGCCUUCCGGAAGCUGACAGAAUUCCCUCCGAUCAAGGACCAGGCAGACGACGCCCAGUACUGCCAGCUGGUGCGACAGCUGUUGGACGACCACAAGGAUGUGGUGACCCUCUUAGCUGAGGGCCUGCGUGAGAGCCGGAAACACAUAGAGGAUGAGAAGCUCGUCCGCUACUUCUUAGAUAAGACACUGACUUCAAGGCUUGGGAUACGCAUGUUGGCCACACAUCAUCUGGCGCUACAUGAGGACAAGCCUGAUUUUGUUGGCAUCAUCUGCACUCGCCUCUCACCAAAGAAGAUUAUUGAAAAGUGGGUGGACUUUGCCAGACGCCUGUGUGAGCACAAGUACGGCAAUGCCCCCCGAGUCCGCAUCAAUGGACACGUGGCUGCCCGAUUCCCCUUCAUCCCUAUGCCACUGGACUACAUCCUGCCCGAGCUGCUCAAGAACGCCAUGAGAGCCACAAUGGAGAGUCACCUAGACACUCCCUACAAUGUCCCAGACGUGGUCAUCACCAUCGCCAACAAUGAUAUCGAUCUCGUCAUCAGGAUUUCAGACCGGGGCGGGGGAAUCGCUCACAAAGACCUGGACCGGGUUAUGGACUACCACUUCACUACAGCUGAGGCCAGCACCCAGGACCCCCGGAUCAGCCCCCUCUUCGGCCACUUGGACAUGCACAGUGGCGGCCAGUCAGGACCCAUGCACGGCUUUGGCUUCGGGCUGCCCACAUCACGGGCCUACGCAGAGUACCUCGGUGGUUCCCUUCGGCUGCAGUCCCUGCAGGGCAUUGGCACAGAUGUCUACCUGCGGCUCCGUCACAUCGAUGGCCGGGAGGAAAGCUUCCGCAUCUGACCCCAUAGCCCAUGGCCUGCUUGCUUGCCUGGGCUGGGUCAUAUAUCCUGCCAGGACCUUCCAGGCCAGGCAGGGUACCACCCUGCUCCACACACUGCUGCACCUGGGGUCUCAGGGCCCCAAACAGAUGGACUUACAUGGAGCCAGGUACCACCCUCCUCAAUGGGAUCCACUGCUUCCCUGCCUCCAGACCUCAGAGGGGAGGAAGUGAGAACCCUUGAGGUCUCCAGCACCAGCUCCAUUAUUCUUGUUCCUGGGGAACCCCCAACUUGACCUGCUGUUUGUUAUUAAAGUUCACAUUUUGAAUGCCCUCUUGGGCCCCACA